CCGCGCGCGCUCGCUCGCUAACACCACAGCUUCCUCUCCCCGUCUCUUCUUCCUCCUCCACACGCCGACGACACGCACUCCGGCCAUCGAUCGACCAUGGAGAUGGAGGGCGAGGCGCCGCAGUCGCACCAGCUACUGCUGCACGGCGUCAGCCUCGACCUGCGCCUCGACACGGCCACGGCCACGCACCAGCAGGGGCAGCGCGGCGCACGGCGCCCGGCAUCCCCUCCCCCUGCUGCUCCCGCGGCCCUCGAGAACGCCGGCAGGGAGGCCUUCGCCUGCAACUACUGCCACCGCAAGUUCUUGAGCUCGCAGGCGCUCGGCGGCCACCAGAACGCGCACAAGCUCGAGCGCACCCUCGCCAAGCGCAGCCGCGACGUCCCCUCCGAAACCGUCGCCACCACGACUGCUUCCUCUUCCACAGCCGCCCACUGGCUCCACGCCGGCGGCGGGGAGCUCUGGGGUUACUCUGCUUCGGCCCCUGCUCUGGACUCCGCGACGAUGGCGCCACUGAUAAGCAUGGGCAUGGGCUGGGCUGGCACUGGAAGCACCGCAGCGGCCGGCGGGGAGGCGGUGGCGGAGAUGGACCUGUCGCUCAAGCUCUGACGAGCUAGUUGAGCCAGCACUAGAUUCCAGAGGCAAUAUGUGCAGCAUGGAUAUAAGUCUAGCUUGUCAACUAGUACUACCAGUACCAGUACUCGGCACUCGUAUAGUACUGGUGCUUUAUUAGUUGUUGCAUGUAUGCACCGGGCGAUUAAUUAAUUGUUCGAGUAUUAUGCAAUUGAUGAUGUGUAACCUUAACUAGAUCACUGGAUAACAAAUCACACAAAGCCCUCUGAAUUUGCA